GGCUUGGUAUUUUUCAAAAACUCGAUUACUAUCAUUGUUGGAAGUAUAGUAAAUUUAAAUCCAAAUUUGCAAAAAUAAAUACCGGUAACUGGGUGUAGCCGGUGGAAUCCGAGGCAGGUUGUUCUUCACUCUGCAUAUAAGAACAAACCAAGCGAAAAGCAGUAGCAACGAAACAGAGAGUGGUUUCAGAGAGUGAUCGGUCUUUGCACCAUCCUUCAACAGUUGCUAUCAUCGAAACUCGAACAUGCCGAUCAGAAACAUCGCCGUGGGAAGGCCCGAAGAGGCCACUCACCCAGACACCUUGAAGGCUGCGUUGGCUGAGUUCAUCUCAACCCUCAUCUUCGUCUUCGCCGGCUCCGGGUCCAGCAUCGCCUACAAUAAGCUCACCAACGACGGCCCCUCCUCCCCCGCCGGCCUCAUCGCCGCCUCCAUCGCCCACGCAUUCGCCCUCUUCGUCGCCGUCUCGGUCGGCGCCAACAUCUCCGGCGGCCACGUCAACCCCGCCGUCACCUUCGGCAUCUUCGUCGGCGGCAACAUCACCUUCCUCCGCGGCAUCGUUUACAUCAUCGCUCAGCUCCUCGGCUCCAUCGUGGCUUCCUUGCUCCUCCUCUUCGUUACCGGACUCCCUGUUCCAGCAUUCGGGCUCUCCGCUGGAGUUGGAGUGGGGAACGCGUUGGUGUUGGAGAUCGUGAUGACUUUCGGGUUAGUGUACACGGUGUACGCUACCGCCGUGGAUCCGAAGAAGGGUAAUUUGGGAAUUAUUGCACCCAUCGCCAUUGGUUUCAUUGUUGGCGCGAACAUUUUGUUGGGCGGGGCUUUCGAUGGAGCAUCCAUGAACCCGGCCGUGUCAUUCGGACCUUCUGUUGUGAGCUGGAGCUGGGACAACCACUGGAUCUACUGGGUUGGGCCUCUCAUCGGUGGUGGGCUUGCUGGGCUCAUCUAUGAGGUUGUUUUCAUUAGCCACACCCACGAGCAGCUUCCCACCACUGAGUACUAGAGGGAGAGUGAAAAUAAUUCUGUAUUAUUGAAUUUCUCUGUGUAUGUUUUUCCUUUGUGUUUUCUUUAUUUUUCACUUUCGAGGGUUGUUCCUUUCGUGUUGAAUCGGUGGCCGUUGAUCUUUGGUUGGAUGGUUCAUGAUCAUCAAGUUCUCUUUUCGUUAAAUUAUUAUCAUUGCUUGCUCUGCCACGCACCUCGUCCACAAUUCAAUGUAUGAUUGAUUAUCCUUCCACUUUCUUUUCUUUCUUCCUCUCUGAAUUAAAUCAAAAUUGUUAUCUUUCUUUUCCUGUUUUUAUGGAGUAUUUUAAUCCUGAAUGGUUGGAUCAUAAUGGAAAUGAACUCUCCAGAGAAGAGAAGAAAAGAAAAGAAAAGAAAAAACAAACAGUUAAUCAUGGUACGAGACAAAGUGUUUAAUGAGAGAGUCGCAGGAGCACAUGCCACGUGUGGGUCCACCAGGGUGGAUCGUAAUUAACUUUCCAAAUUAAAGAGGUAAAAGCCCGAGCGAGUGUCCUCGAAAAAUAAAUGCGAAGAAGAAUGAAUGUAGAACGUUGAUAGAGAAGGGACUAGAACCACGUUGAAGCACAAUCAUUUAUCUAUAAAUGCACCUCUUAUUGGUUCUAUUUCUCUGCUAAUUAAUUACAAACAACUGCUUGUGACAAACUAGUAUGCGUGUACUCAAGUUACGGGAUGCAUUUUAACGAGUUUCGGUGUGAAAAUUUGAUAAAGUCAGAACUAUCCUGUUUUAUAUUCCAUUAUACUGUUACCGAACGAACAUGUAGUAAUAACUUUGCUACCUUUUUAUUAAAACUACCAUCCACAAGGUGACUUGAUAUGAUAGGAUGAGGGAUGUGAAAACUAGUAGCUCGAUAAUACUAGAUGAUAUUUUAGAUAUUUAUUUUCUAUGGAUGCUCGGGAUCAAAUAGAAUUGAAGGAAAUGGCAGCAAGUUGUGAUAGAAAUGGUUUUGGUGGGUGUCAUAACUAUAGGUAUGGAUAAAUAGAUAUUGAUGGAGGUCAUUCAUGGCAUGGGCUGUUAUGCAUAUACCACACCAAUGAUGAGAUGGCCAGGGCAGCAAGCACGUGAAAGAAAGCGUUGUGGACUAGUAUCCAAAUUCACUUUAUGUAUUGGACAGUGCCAAAUUGUCCUGUGCCAGCCACUCUUUUUCGUUAGUGAAAUGGAGCAGUGGUCCACACCUUACACUGUUAAUCAACCAAUUUAGAAACCUCAAUCCCUUAUUUAUUAGGUCUUAUGGUAACAAGAAAUAACAUUAACACUGCCAAGUCAUCCUCUGUUUCUUUUCAUCAUGUCUAUUUUUUGUAUUUAUUUCAGCACAUGAUUUGCAAACUCUCUGAAUUGUGAACAAGGACUCAACUAGUUUUGCCAAAAUGAAAAUGAUUGUCAGGGUGAAUAUCUGUAUUAGAAUAAAUUGGCAUUUACAU